AUGGCACCCCGGACCAAGAAGAAUGCUGGGCCCUCCAAACGAAGGAAGGGUGACAAUGGACAGGAAGCCAGUCAGGCUUCGUAUUCAGCGUUAUCCUCAGCAUCAGCAGGAAAGAGUUCAAGUCGACCCUCGACGACGACUAUCAGGGACACGGGACGUUCGUCACGAAGCGCCACCAAUUUAAAAUUGAAACAAGAAGAGCCGAUCGAGGAGGAUACUAUGAUGUCCGACGAUAGCGAUUUUGACACACCUGGCAACAAAAAAACCUCUGCAUCCAAGAGCCGCGAUAAAAGCAGUAAUAGCAGAAAAGCCACCGUAGCAACUAAUGUCAAUGACAAAAAGCGAUCUGCAGAAGUACCGUCGCCCUCAACGACGUCAAAAAAGCAGAAGCAGAGAAAAGCUCAAGAGAGUGAUUCCGACGCCGAUUUGAAGGAGGAGUUUUACGACGACGACGAACCCGAGCCCAGUACUCUCGGAUCAGGAAGCGACGGCGGAUCAGGAAGCGACGGCGGCUCAGAAUUUUGCGGUAGUGAGGAGGAGGAGGAUCAAGACGAAUGGGAAGAGGUCUCUGUUUCGGCCCUGAUCAAGGAACAUGAAGGCGAAGGGUUUGAGGAGGACGAGGAGCUCUCAGGAUCAUGGGAGUACAAUGCAGUGGAAAUUGUUUUCGACAAACCUUUAAAGGAGAUCAAAAAGAUACCAAAGAGCAAGGGCAUUAGUAAGGAGGAGCGGAUGAUCAGAAUAUUGAUUCACCAAACACAUCUCCUGUGCCUGAUUGCCAACGGACUCCGCCGUAAUCGGUGGAUCAGUCAUCCAAAGCUGCUGUCAGUGGCCCUUUCGUUGGUUCCUGCUCAUAUCGCCGAUUCUACAGGAACUCUGCAUGAUAAUCCGACGCGAGAGGUUAAUGCGCUGCAGGUUUUGGCACUGUGGUGGAGGGAUUUGUUUGUGGUCACUGGACCAGGAAUCCAGCAUCGUGAAUAUCUCGAUCCAGACGUCGCGACGAUUGUUGACACCAAAGAAGAAUGUUUGAGGUUGAGAAAGAAUUUGCAGAGGAGGCUGUUGAACCGGAGCGGAUCGACUGAUGUUUGCUCGCAGCUUUUUACGGGUAUCUGUCGUGCACUUGGACUGAAAGCAAGACUGGUGGAGUCGCUCCAGGCAUGCUCUUUUAAGUGCAGUCUUCCGAAGGACGUGACCGUCUCUUCAUUCAAGAAGGAAGGCGAGUCCUCUGUACGCCGGGCAGAACCAAAGAAAGGGAGGAAGAAAAAGAAGGAAGAGGAGCUAGAUGACAGCGACACGACGCGUGGCUCACGGGUGGUGCUACCAACUCCUCAUCGACUGCAAAAGAAGACAGCAAACCUUCCAUACAACCACAAACAGGCUGAUCCCCCCGUGUUUUGGACAGAAGUAUAUUCUAGAUCAAGUAAAAGGUGGAUCACCAUUGACCCGGUGCGAGGUUUCGUCAAUAGUCCACUGAAGAUGCAUCCAUCCAACACCUGUCCAAACAAUGUUUUGGCAUAUGUUGUCGCGUAUGACGAAGACAACUAUGUGACGGAUGUAACGAGAAGAUACACUAGUAUGUGGGGUAGUACUACGAAGAAGCUACGAGUGCAGCCUGCCGGAAAGGACGGGUAUGACUGGUGGGUUCGAACCAUGUCUGGAUUGAUGAAUCCAAAUCCCACAGCGGAGGAGGAUUUAGAAGAAGCAGACCUGAUGCAGGCCGAGGUCUCGGAGAGAAUGCCCACCAAGUUAAGCGAUUUCAAUAACCAUUUACUAUACGCUUUGGAAAGACAUUUAAAAAAAUACGAAGUUUUGCAUCCAAAGCAUCCAGUUUUGGGCCAUAUCCGAGGCGAGGCGGUGUACCCGCGCAGUUGUGUUAAACAGAUCGGAUCCAAAGAGACCUGGCUCAAGCGUGGGCGAGUGAUCAAGAGCGAUGAUGUCGUGCCGGUGAAAUGGGUCAAGUCUCACGCUUCAACUAUCUAUCAGAUGCGCCUGAGGCAGCAAAUGUCUCUUUCUGGCGAGAGCAAGAAGGGCAAGGGUCGUGCAGGACAACGGAGUUCAACCACGGAGGGUGAUGACGACGACCAGGAUACCAACGAAAGCCCGGCUGAUAACGCACCAGAAAACGGGGGAGGAGGCGAGCGUGACGAUAAGGUACCAUUGUUUGGUGAGUGGCAGACAAAGGCUUAUCAACCGCCAUGGGUUAUUGAUGGGAAGGUGCCGCGGAACCAGUAUGGGCGACAGGAUGUUUUUACACCAAACAUGGUGCCUAUCGGGGGAACUCACCUCAAAGGUCGAGGUAUUGCUCAGGUGGCAAGGCUACUUGGAGUCGACUAUGUGGAAGCAGUGACGGGAUUUGAAUUUCAAUCUAGACGAUCCGUGCCUGUUAUCCAGGGUAUUAUUGUCCCCACCGAGAGCGCAGAGCUGGUCAUGGAUGCGUUUCAGGAAGUGGCACAUCAGAGAGAACAGGACUCUCAUAAGAAGAGGAGGACAGAGGUGCUGAGGCGGUGGCACAAACUUAUCAAGGGCGUGUUGAUGCGCGCCAGGCUGCUGGAAGAAUAUGGCGACGGUCUCGAGGUGAAGGACGACAUGGAUACGUGGGUACCAAAAGACGACGAUGACAAUGAUGAGACGAAAUGCAGCAAGAAGGAAUCAUCCAUGACAGAUAACGCGUUGCAGCGAGGCGCGAUAUCGACGAGCAAGCCAGUUCGUGUCGAUCCUGAAAAUCAGGGUCAUGAUCCAUCUCAGGAUGUUGAGCAGCCGGAUUCUGGAGCCGGAUUCAUGAUUGACUGA